AAUGAACUCACUUUCGUCGGUGGAGUCGCACUUCUUUGCUGCUUUUGUCGGUGGAGUUGGAUGACUUUUUAUUUGCUUUAGGCAUUAAAUAAUGCUGGGCCGGGCCUGGUCAGACCAUACUUGUCUCCGAGAAGAACUCGCAGUAGACGUAUAUACUUAUUCUAUAGUUUGUGUCUAAAAGAGUAAAAAGAACAAUUGAGAUUAGCUGUUUGCCUGUUUCUAUCCAUAGGGGAAAUGCGUUAAAAUGGCUUUAUUAAUCAUUUAUGAUUUAAAAUAUGUGAAAAUGGAUUUAUAAUUUAUAAACCCAUUGGGGUUAUCUGUUUCUCUUUCUCCUUUCAUUCUUCCUUAUUAAUAUUUAAUAGACCCAAUUGGGUAACUUGCGUGGACCAUGUGGGUCAUGAUUAACUUGGGCUUGGUCAUUAAAUUUCAAAUACGUUCCAAGAAUUUUUUAAGAUGUCAUAUGCGUAUCAGACCAUCUCCAAUCACACUCUAUAAUUUCCUCUAUAUUUCACUCUAAAAUAGAGUAACUCUAUUAUAGAGUUGAAUUUGCUCCAAUGGUUCACUCUAUAAUAGAGUUACUCUAUAAUAGAGUGAAAUAUAGAGUAUUUUUGUUUUUUCACUCUAUAUUUGGAGUAAAAAAAUAGGAUUACUCUAUAUUUCACUCUAUUAUAGAGUAACUCUAUUAUAGAGUGAACCAUUGGAGCAAAUUUAACUCUAUAAUAGAGUUACUCUAUUUUAGUGUAAAUUAUAGAGGAAAAAAUAGAGUGCCUUUGGAGAUGCUUCUCAGUUGUUAUAUGGAUUUACCACCACACGGUCCACACCAGAUUAUGAAAAGUGAAAACGUAUUAAUAUUCUCAGUUUGUUGAGACACAUUUUUUUUUCUAGAGAAAGACCAACUUACACUUGCACAAAAGAUUAUGCAUCUAACAUACAGUUUUUUUUGUUUUCAAAAUAUCAGAAAAUGACAUAAUGAAUAUUCUAUCUGUUUCAAAAAGAUGCAUAUUUUAGAAAAAUAAAUAUUUCAAAAAAAUAAAUAUAUUUUUGUAUUUUCAAUAUAUAUUUUUAAUUAAUAAUGAUUAAUUGUAAAUUUCAAAACAUCAAUUGUAUUUUUUGAAUUUUGUUUAGUAUAGAUUAUAAAAAUAGAUAAUAAAAAACUAUGAAUUUAUAAUUAAGAUUUAAAAUAUUUAUGAAAUUUAACAGAUAUUUAAAUCUUGUUAGCAAUCAGGCUAAUUCUAUAUGAUGAGUUUUUUGAUAAUUUAACUUUGCUUCUCCAAAGAAAAUUUCGAAUGAUGUUCAUCAGUUAACUAUUUCGAAUGAUAUUUUGAACUUAAGAAGCUUCUUCUGUCUGUUAGGGUAUAUGUUCAAUUGUUAAUUACUUUAACUUUUGCUUAGGUGUAUCUCUUCGUCAUGGAUGUACAUUGCCGAUUAUAUAGAUCGAUUCUCCCAAUAAUAAAUUAUAAUAUUGAUAUUCAAUUAGUUGGUUCAUGCACGAAGACGUAACAAGACUAGCUAUAUGUUGUCCCCAACCUCGAGUCCUUUACACUAGUCGUAAUGGCGACAACAAAAGAGAUUCUGAUUCUGCUUCAAUCGUAACCACACAAUUUUUUUUAUCAGGAUUACUAAUCUACAAAAAGAAUGAACUUCAGUUUCAAAUUUCAUAUUUUUCACUUAGGUUAAUUAUAAAAACAACAGUAUGAUCGAAACACCCACAAAAUCUUUACUUACAGCACAUGCAAUAAAUUAAUAAAUUUAUUUAUUUUGUAAACAAUAAUUGACAUAUAAAAAAAAUAUAUACAAAAAAAUAAUUGACAUAUGAUCCUUUAGUGUAUUUAUCAGUUUGUUAUAUUAUACAGUAUUUACCGUGGACGGAUUCAAAGUCAGAGACAAGUCAGAUUUAAACGACAUAAAAAAAGACUUGUAAACAGUAUUCUAUAGUUGAACAAAAAGAAAAUGAAAAAAAAAACAAUAUUCUAUAAUGUGAUGAAAGGGAAAUGAACCUCUGUACGGACACAUAAAAGAUCGAAUCCACGACUAGCAGCCAAAAAGGGCUAACUAAUAGGUUUAAUAUAUAUUUCUAAAGAAGCAAAAAGAAAGCUACAAGAAGUAGUACAUCUACUUUAUGACUAUGAUAAUGAAUUAACCAUCAUCUAGAUACAUUGGACAUAUAUCGUCUUUUUACAACUGACUUAUCGUUAAUUAACUACAGAUAUUUUGAUCCUAAUUAAAUUAGAAGGAUGCAUGAAUCAUUAGAAAACCACACGUGACAAAUAGGUUAAUAGGUUUUUAUAGUUCGAUUUGGAUAAUUGUUAGAUUCAGAUUAAUUAUGGGCUUAAAAUCAAUUGAUAAUUAAUAGAUUGACAUUAACCCUUUAUAUAUUAAUUAAUAUUUUUUAGAAUUUUUGAUGUGGGAUAUAUAUCUUAAUAAUAAUAGUGUCAGUAAAGUAAUCGAGUCGAUUAACAGAUGAAAGAUACUACAUAUGUAAUGUUCAUUUAUACGAAUUCAAUCGUAGAAGUUUCUUAUUGACAGCGACACACAUUGUUCAUUUGAUGGAACUUUUGAGUUUUUGUGGACCUGGCUAACUAUAGAAGCUAAUAUAUGUUGGCUCAAAGAUGUCUGUAUGUAGUUAUAAAAUUCAGAUUCUAGAGUAAGAUAUUCUACGUUGUGGAUUUUUGUUUGUAGAAAUUGAUAUGCUAGUUUAGUAACCAAAUAGAAAGAUUAUGUAGAUCAAGUUGUUAUACGCAGAUGGCCAUGAAAAUGUAAAAACCACAAAAAGAGAGUAUGUUCAUUGGCGUGUUUAAAUAUAAAAAGAAUGGUUGAGCAUUUUACUUCGGAAAUUAUUACACUCUAACUGGUAGCCUUAAGGAAUAUGAGAAAUAAAAAAGAAAGAAAUGAAGAAAGAAUAAAAUAAAAAGAAAAUUUAUUAUUUUCUAUAAUUGCAGUCUAUUAUUCUUUAAAUGUUAAGAAAUGUUAAAAAAUCAUAAAAAACAAAUAUUCUAAGUUAAAAGGAAUGAUAAAAAAUUCACUAUUCUCGUCCAUUCCUUUGUCUAAGGCCGUAAGUUCAAGUGUCACCUGUUUGGGUUCAUGACCGACUCAGGGAGGAUCAUGGCAAAAUUGUUAUUUUCUUUUGUAAAAUGAUGCUCGAAAUUUUGGAACAUUUAAUUUGAUUGAUGACAUUUAAGUUAGUUCGGCCAAAACAUAUAUAUACCACUACUCGAAUUCAAAUCCACGUUCAUGCAACGUCCAAAAUGUGUUAAAUUAAAUUCUACAAUAUUAUCAGUUAGCAACUAGCUAUCACUAUUUACAAAGCGAUUGAAAAUACUUUGAUUAUAAUUUGAUAAUUCUUUUGAUUCUGUAUUUAUAUUUACAUAUUUUGUUAAUAUAAAGCUGAUAAGUUAAUUACUAUUUCGAACUAUAUUUUUGUAAACUGUUCGCAUGCAAGCUUGAUAUGCUUAGUAUCAAAUCAAAUUGCGAAUACCUUUGUAUUUGCGUUCACAAUUUACAAAUACAAAUGAUCUAAUAUACAAUGGAAAACAAAAAAAUCCCCAAUGUGAACAUAAUAUUUAAAUUACAAACCAGCCCGAUACUCACAUUUAUAUAUAUGGAUUGAGGUAUCAGUCAAUACUAAGACCAAGUAGACACUUUAGACCCCAGUAUUACUUAGUUUGGGGGUCCCUUCAACAAUUGAAUAUGUCCAUUGGCACAAAGUAGUGACAAACGCUGAUCAGAGUCGUUGAAGUUUCAUAAACAAGUUUAGACGAUUAAAAAUAAGUUUUAGAGCACCCCCAUUAGUGAACUCCAUGAAAGGAGUUCACAAAGUAUUUUUUUAUUAUAUUUUUUUUUUAUUUGAUUUUUGUUUUUUCAAAAGAAAAAAAAAGUUAUUUUUUCGGACCAAUCGCAGACCGCCACGUGCCGUGAGGUCCUGCGCUACAGUGAUGAACCAGGUUCACUAGGAAGAGAUGAAGAGAGACAAAUUCAUCACUAUUCUUUAUUUUAAUACUUUUUUUUUUUGGAAUCCGUGUGAACUUCCCCAUAAGUUAACUAAUGGGGGUGCUCUUAUAACUUAUACUCCAAUUGAGUAAAAAAGAAAAAACAUUUUAGUCCAAUAUAUUCGUAAACGUUUUCUUGGUUGGCUAAUACAUAUGUUCGUAAACUUGAAGAUAUUAAAAAGAAGAUAAAUUGAUGUGAAAACUCUCCAAAAUGUAGUCAUGUCAAAGAACUUAGAUCCCCACCCCUAGGCGUAUUUAGUGUUAAAGAGUAUAAAGUAUAAACUGAUAGUAUGAUCCAAGGGAAACUUUUGAGUCAGUUUUAAGAGUCAACCCACGUGGGCACUACAGAAGUCAGACAUAUUCCCACACAUCAACUAUGACUCUCAGUUGCACACCAUACUUUUGGUAACAAAAAUUCCAUUCCCGUUGCCAAAAAUAUCAUAUGAUAUUGUUUAAUAUAUAAUAUUAAGGGACUUUCAAAUUAAUAGAGUUUCUCUUACUUUUUGGAGACGUUAGUUUGAAUUAAACGAUCUGGACUGCUAUCUCUUGUCGAAUAAAAUUUGAAUCUAAACAUCAGUUCCUCGUUUAACUGCAUGCGGAUUAUUAGAAAAUGCGAGUGUUUAAGAUGUUAACAUUCCAAUUUCCAAAACAACAAUACAUGAUUUAUCGGUAUGUGUUUUAGAGAUUUGUUUCUCUAUUAGGUAUGAUUAUGAAUCAUCACACUUGUUUAUUAAAUUAGACUGUCCCUUAGUAUUAUUAUUAUAUCAAACAAUAUGGUAUUUAAUCUGCUUCUUAAAAAAUGCUUUUUAACUUAAACUAUAACUUCUCCAAAAAGAUAGAUAAAUGAUUCAUUAAAAUAGACAGACCCUUAUAAUUCUAUAUAUAACAAUAUAUCGCUACGUAAGAAAUUAACUCACGAAUAUCGUAGACUCAUAUACAUAAACACAUCGAAGUAAUCAAUAACUUGAUAUGGAUAUAACAAAAAACGUGUUUUAAUUUUCCUAUAUAUAGUGCUUCAAAAAAAAAAAAAUUCCUAUAUUAUGAUUUUGACCAUGUCCAUUACAUUUAACAAAUUUUAUAGAUUUGUAGUUCUUUGACCUGUAAAUGCAAUGGUUAGCCUUUUCACUAUAUUUCCAAAUAAAUAACAAGAUGCUAGCAGAGGCCAAAUAUAUUGAAUUCAUAAAACAACCAAUAGCUCUAAGGAAAAUUUAUUAUAUAAGGAACAUAGAUUUUGAAAGAAAAUGGAAUAAGAAUAAAUGUAAGAUUUGAUAAGUGGAGGCUUUGAUAUUCGAAUAUUAGGUUAAUGGACCCACUUUAUUUCCAUCCCUAUAAAUUCCCCAAAUGAAAUCUCAUUUAACUCAUGCAUAUUGAAAUAAAACAUACACAAAGACAAAAAAAGAAACAUACGCUCAAACUUGAUUCCGUCCCUCAAACAUCCGUUUCUUCUUCUUACUCACUUUGCCUUUAUUUCUCUUCUCACGCACAAAGUACACCACGCAUAUAUAUACAUGGAUCAAGGAGGUCGGAGCGGUGGUGGAGGAGGAGCCGAGCAAGGGAAGUUCCGGGGAGUAAGGAGACGGCCUUGGGGAAAAUAUGCAGCGGAAAUAAGAGAUUCUAGAAAGCACGGCGAGCGUGUGUGGCUAGGGACGUUUGACACCGCGGAAGACGCGGCUCGAGCCUAUGACCGAGCCGCCUAUUCAAUGAGAGGCAAAGCCGCAAUUCUCAACUUCCCUCAUGAGUACAAUAUGGGAAGCGGAUCUUCAUCUAACUCUGCAGCCACUGCGGCAAACACUUCCUCGUCGAGGCAAGUUUUUGAGUUUGAGUACUUGGACGAUAGUGUUUUGGAGGAACUUCUUGAAUAUGGAGAGAACUACAACAAGAAUAAUAACAUUAACAUGGGUAAGAGGCAUUAAUAAAGGGAAUGCAAUCGUAAUACGUUGGAAGUUACGUGACAGACAUUCCCAUCUAUAACGAAAACAAUCAAUCCCAAUCGUAAGAAGCUAGCUUUAUUAUCAAAAAAAUAUUUAUUGGCAAAUAAACUGUAAUGUCAAUCGAUUUCUAUAACGAAUAAGAUUCUUUAAGCGGGUCAUUUUAAUGUCUAGAACUUUAAAAUUCAAGCGGCUGUGUCCUUCUGUAAUUAGUUUUGAGAAUGUAAUAAUCACCAUUUGAAUAAAAUGAUUAUAUGUAACAUUAUGUUUUAUAUUGUGUAAGCUAUACGUUUUUAUAUCACUGUAAUUUCAUGUGAUUCAUCUAAACGAGGUCAAAAUCAUUGUUUUAAUAUUUUGGUUUGUUGUAAUUUUGGACCCACCGGUGGUUGUUAGCGAGCUACCAUAAGUCAAACCUUAUUUUUUAUUCAACUCAGGCUCCUAUUGGUAAUUCCGAUAUAUUAAUUGAGGAACAUUUGAAAAGAUGUAACUUUAAUUUUGUAAUAAUUAAAAAAUAUUCAUUGUUUAUGUGUCAAUCAAUUAGGCAGUUAAUUAGUCAUGCGUGUCAGUCUCACAUUAAAAUUGAAAAACAUGUUGGUCCAAUUCGACUUUUAUAUCUUACUAGAAACAUUUAAUAUCAACUAUAUGAUAUCAUAUGAUAUUAAUUAAAGCAAGGUAACUAUUUAUUAUAUAUUAUUUCUUUAAAUAAAACUUACGGAAUUACCUAAUGUGAUUAUGAUAUAUAGAGUAAUUAAUGAUUUUAAAUAAUAAAAAUU